CCCGGAGACGGUAUCGCAAAUGUUUGACCGUCUACUUAGUGAUUCCUUUAUCAUCUUUUCCAAUUCUCGUCAUCUUUUGACCAGAUCUUUGCCGUUCCUUGCCUCUUUGGUCUUUACCUCAUCUCCCUCACUUCCCCCACUUGCCCCCUUUAUUUCUAUCUUUCCUUUUUCCUUUCCCCCUUUUGUGACCCGCUUCAUUUGCCCUACCCCUGGUCUGCAGGUCAUCCAGCCCCCUCCACUGGGUCUCCCAUCGACGCGAUCAGGUUCCUCAAAAGGCGAUCAUCACAUUUUGGAAGACGCAUGGUCGCAUCCAGCCUGGUCAAUCCCUCUUUAGCGUGGAGCCGUGUCAUGCUGCGCCGAAGGCAAAGCACGACUGGGAGAUUCGGGUCUUGAUGCGCGCGAGCACCAACAAACACGAGCGGGGAGUUCUGGGUCUUCAGCCGCGCACAAACACAACCCCA